CAGCAGUUACCCGGAUACAGAUCGACUAUAAAGCAGCGACAGUUGAGGGGUUACAAAGCAAGACUGCAGUUGGUCUGUAGUGAGACACUCGAUUUUGGGCUGCAGCGUCAGAAAUUAUUGGUGGAUUUUAAACAUGGCCGGUGGUAAGGCGGGUAAAGACUCUGGAAAGACCAAGACGAAGGCUAUCUCGCGCUCGCAGAGAGCAGGACUGCAGUUCCCCGUGGGUCGUAUCCACAGACACCUCAAGUCCAGAACCACCAGCCACGGAAGAGUGGGGGCCACCGCGGCGGUGUACAGCGCGGCUAUUCUCGAGUACCUCACGGCCGAGGUGCUGGAGUUGGCGGGAAAUGCGUCGAAGGAUCUUAAGGUGAAGCGUAUAACGCCACGCCAUUUGCAGCUGGCCAUUCGAGGAGAUGAGGAGCUCGAUUCUCUGAUCAAGGCCACUAUUGCUGGUGGAGGUGUGAUCCCUCACAUCCACAAGUCUCUGAUUGGAAAGAAGGGCCAGCAGAAGACCGUAUAACCUGAAGUGCUCUUGAGUUGUGAAGUCUGCCAAGUGGCUUAAAUGUCUUCGAUUAGAACACUGAUUGUUGUGUAUGGUUGAGCUUGCUUUUACUCACACUGGGGUUUUUUUUUUUUUAAGUGGCUUCAGAGAAGCUAAUUUUUCGGUUUCUUUUUUUUUCUUUUCGGUUUCUGGUGCUGCCAUUUUUGUUAAUACUUGCUUUCGUGGCAUUGGUAUGUUCAAAGUGUUUUAAUAAAGCUCUUAUUGGGCAUUUGCA